AUGGACCUAGAUGAACACUACGCGCCGUUCCCAGGAGCACACGCGACGCCCACCAAGCUCGCGCGUCCUGAGCCUGAUGUCGAGGAGCCAUCACGACACGCCAUCGUGCCAACCCUGGUGUAUCAUAAUGCAGAGGUCCAGAAAGCGCGCCCAGCGGGGCUUCCUGCUGCACAGUCCAUGCACAAAAGACCAUCGUUAUCGGCACCGGCACCAGUAUCCGUGGUACUGAGACCGUCGUCAAUCAAGGCGCAUGAGUACGCAGAAUACGAGGUGACGAUACAAGGUAAAAAGCAGAAGUCGCUCAUAUUGCAGCAGAACACAGCGGCUAACAUGAGCCUAGAAGCUGCCUCUACAAGUGAUGGACCGCCGCGCAAGAAGAGAGGCCGCCCCAAGGGGUGGAGAGCCAGCGUGGCAUAUGGCGACGUGCGAGGCAGUGUGGGAUCUAGUACAGCUGUGCGUGGCGGGCGAUCUGGCAGGCAAAAGCACGUUCCAAACUACUCGCUGAAGCGUCGUCGCAAGACUGUCACGCGGCCUGAUUCGCCGCCGCCGAGGGAGCUCUAUCUUGCGCUGAAGCCAACUUAUUUGGGUUUCUUGUGCGAAUGGUCCUGCUGCAAAGCGGACUUGCACAACAUGGAUACACUUCGUCGACAUGUCCAAGCAGUCCACCUCAAGCCUCAAAAGCACCAGUGCUGCCUGUGGGGUACGUGCGCUGGGAAAGGAGUCACCCAGCAUGCUGACCGCGCGGCGUUGGUCAAGCACGUCGAGCAGGCUCACCUGGUUCCCAUGGCUUGGCACGUUGGCGACGGGCCAAGAAACAGCUGGAACUGGAGUAUCAGGCCGGAGGAAGACAAGGAGACGAUACCCGACUUUUUGAAGGACAAGGAUGGCAACCAGGUGACGCCGUCGACGCGGGACCAGGUAACGGAAGACCGUUUGACGCACCGGGCGAAUAGGAGGAAACUAAAAAACCUCAUUAUGCGACGAGAUGAAAAUUUAGAAUCAGAGUCGUCGGAUGCAUCUGAAGACGAGGAGAUGGGAUCAGGGCUGUAG